AUGGCGAACGCCGGGAUCGGGUUGUCGCAGUUUGCGUUCGUCGGGACGUUCAUCGCGGCGGUGAAGAAAACGAUCGCGGGACCGCGAGAGGAACCGCCCGAACACCUGAAGUGCGUCAUCACGCAGGAGCUGUUUCGAGAUCCCGUGGUGCUGGUGCAAACGGGGUACACGUACGACCGAAUCGCCAUCCAACGCUGGCUCGCGGCCAAGUUUCCGCCGACGGAUCCGACGAGUAACGUCGAGUUGUGGUGCACGGAUCUCGUCCCGAAUUGGUCGCUACGUCAGAGCGUCGAUGAGUGGGGGGUCGCGAAUGGAUACGGCGCCAUGGAUCCACCCGAAGAGGCGGUGCGAGUGACGAAGGAUGGCAGACCGAUGGGGCGACGCUCGGCCAACGCCACGAGCGCGACGGCGCUGACGCACCAAUAUUUGCAAGCGCUUCAUCGCACACAUCCGCGGCACGCGGCGGUUUUAGUAUUUUUGAUGACGUUUACCCUGGGCACGAUCACGGUGACCACGCUCACGGUGGUUCACAGCGCGUACGCAGCCGUCGGCGCGGCGCUUCGUCACGAAGCCGUCGCUCGGAUGCUCGACGGCCCGGCUCAAAGUUUCGUUUGGUGGUUUUGCGUCGGCGGGUUUCUUUUCUUGGCGCACUGCGGCGCGCAGGAUGUGCCUCCCGUCGCGCGCGGUCGCGAACGGGUCGAUCGACGAGGUCGCGCGCAAGACGUCGUGGGACGCGGUUUCUUUCGCCGUCUCGGCGUCGCGCGCUGA